AUGCAGAUCUUCGUGAAGUCGCUGACCGGGGGGACCAUGACGCUCGAGGUCGAGAGCUGCACGGCCGUCGACAGCGUCAAGGCCAAGAUCCACGACAAGGAAGGUAUCCAGCCGGACCAGCAGCGCCUCAUCUUCGCGGGGAAGCAGCUCGACGAUGGCCGCACCCUGGCCGACUACAGCAUCCACAAGGAGUCCACGCUUCACCUCGCGCUGCGCCUCGUCGGCGGUGGCAAGGGCGGGUACUACCCCACCAGGAUGGAGCCUAACCUGCGCAUGCUUGCAGGUGCUAUGCACGCCUGCCCCUCAGGUCUGCCAACUGCCGCAAGAAGAAGUGCGGCCACAGCAAUGACAUCAGGCCCAAGGAGAAGCUGCGCCCCCACUAAAGCGUUGGAAACAUAA